AUGGUCCGCAAAGCGAUAAGCGGCACAACACGCUUUCGCGGGACGUGUCCACCAAAAAGCUGCAUCGGGAGUUGUUGGGAGUGUGUCUUAGCAGGAUCACUGUCGCAGCGACGUCGUGAGAGGAAGGAAAUGCUGUCCGCUUUUUGCAACUGCCACGGGCAAGUGACGCUCGCAGGUGUCAGCCACUGCGUUCAAAAUUUCCCGCAUUCGAGGAACACAGCGAACAUCAUGAGAGAGGCCUGCAGCGUUGCUACUCUUUCCGGCUCGAAAGAUGGCUUAUAUUUCGGGCAAGCGCACCAGUGUUCAACGCUGGACAAUGAGCGCUCUCAAGCUGGAGGUCCUUUCCUGGCAAUCGCCGCGCUCUGA